GUUCCAGCUCCAAACCAAUCCAUUGCAGCAUUUUCAUCCGCAAAGCAGUUUCGUUUUUCGCGGCACUGCAGUUAUAAUUUUAGUAUUAACUUUUACAGUAAUUGCAUAUCUUAUCAACUGAAAUUCAUAAAUAAUCUUUAAUUUUACAAAUAAAACUAAAUUUCUUAUAUUUCUUUAGAAAUAUAAGUUUGGUGAUAUAAGACAAUUAUGUACACGAGAAGUAGACAAAGCCAGAACUUCACCGGCAAUCAGCAACAGCGCGGUGGCAAUAUGCAACAAAGAGAACAAUAUCAACAGCAAUCUUACAACCAUCACGGAAAUUAUCAGGGUGGAAACCAAAAUCAACAAAAUUUCAACCAGAGUGGAGGUGGCACUCCUGUAAGACAGCAACCUCAACAGCAACAACAGCACUCAACACCUCAACCACAACGUUUAAAGCCAAUUUUGAAAAGCAGUGGUGGUAAUGCUCAGGGCACUCCAGCUCAAGGGCAAAACCAACAAUUCAAUCAAAAUCAACAGCAGAAUUUCCAACAACAACAGUCGCAGCAGCAACAACAGCAGCAGCAACAACAACAACAACAACAACAACAACAACAACAACAACCUAAUAAUGGAGUAGACAACAGUGAUCUCCCAAGCGAGAGUAUGGAAAGUGAUAUCCAGGAAGUACCAAAAUGGAGGCGCAAGAUUCCUGGUUUGAAAGUUAACCGUAAAUUGAAGAGGCUACGUAUGAAUCAGCGUUUAAGGAAGACAAUCCAACCCAAAAAUGCCAUUAUGGUAUUGAAUGAAAUGAAAACAGGAGUACAGUUUACAUUUCCAGAAACUCAAGCUUCUUUGCCAAACUCUCUUUUCUUAGUUCAUGCAGAGAUUGAUGGUAAAACGUACAUUGGACAAGGUAUUUCAAAGCCUCUCGCUCGUCAAAACGCUGCUGAGAAUGCAUUGAAGAGUCUUCUCUUGGAAAAAAUGACUGCUGUGGCAAUGAAAGCACGUAUUGAUGCAGAAAAUGAAAAUAUUGCUAAUCCUAAUGUUGGUGAAGGAACUGAAAAUAAGGAAGGUGAAACCAAUAUGGAAAUUGAAGAACCUGAUGAAAUCCCAUGGAGCUCUUUGGCAAGUUUUGCUCUCUACAAAUUAUUCUUGGAAUGGCAAAACCAAGGUACAGUUGUUCCUGUACCACGACCUGGCUUACCACUUGCUGGAAAAGUGAAGAAAGAACAACCUGUUAACAAGCCAGUUGUGCAAAAAGAAUUGCCGCCAAAUCCAACCAGUAUUCAUCCCGUUAUGUUACUGAAUCAAAUGAGACCUGGUCUGACCUACCAUGAAGUCAGUCGUGUUGGCAAUCCCCCCAACACCAUGUUUACUCUUGGAGUGCAUGUUGAUGAUCAAGAGUUCACUGGAGCUGCUAAAAAUAAGAAGGAUGCAAAGAGAAUGGCUGCAAAGGCUGCUCUGCAGGGACUUUACAAUCUGGUUUAUCCAGAAGAAAAAGAAGGUGAAGACGUGAAUAUGGGUUGAUCAAGUAUCGAGAAUUAAUUAUAUUACUUUUAUUCAAUUUUGAAGCUUAUAUGCAAUUUGCAUAGUAGAAAUGGCAUCGGAAAAUAAAAAAUUGUAUUUUUCACAAUUUGUUGAUUUUUAGACGAGAAACAUUUUUUUCAUUACUUUCAAGACGAAUUAAUCUGUAGACUAAAGAAUAAAUUAAUUGUUUUGUAAAUUGUAAAAUCACUUUGAAACAUUGGCAAGUGUCAAUUGAAUUUUAUAAAACAGCUUGCUAGUUUAAUGCUUUUUGAUAUUUUACUGACGUAGAAUAAGAUGUGUCUUCAUGGUAGGUCUAAUUUAGUACAAUAUGUCCUAUUGAUAUUGUAAUCUUGUAUCAGUUUCAAAUAAAAUUUAUUUGUUGA